UAUAUGUGUUUCAUUAACUUAGAGUCUUAAAUUAUUUUAAGCGUUAUUAUUUAUCACAUUGCUUUACAAAAGAAUUUUAAAAGGCACGGAAAUUCGAAUCAUAAUUUUGAGACUAUGAGAUUGAUACAAAAUCAUUCUGUCAAACUUCAUUGACAUAUACAUGUUUAGAAAUCGUUCAUGAAAAUAUGUAAAUAUUAAAAUUUGAUUAAGAUUAAUGACACAUUCAUUCAAAUUGACAGGGUUAACGCCUUUUUCUGCAUUAUUUACAUAAAUUAAAUGUGUAAUAAGAGCACAUGCAGGCGGGAGUACGGUGGAGACCGUGAAUGGGACAAAGAUAGAUAUCCCCCCCGGCCUCCAGCGUCCCUCGCCCCCCAAAGAACUUACAUCGCAACGCCUCUAGUGGCCUUUACAAGAACUACAAAAUUUCAUCACUAAGCGACCUACCCCCACCAUCGAAAAUUAGAGGCAGUCGGGAGACCUGUAUACAAGACCGUGGUCUAAUCUGUUGUUUAUUAUUCAGUCACUGAUGCCAAAUUACCAUGGCAAGUUACACGAUUGAGCAGCGCGUCGAAAUGAUAAAACUUUAUUAUCAAAAUGAGUGUUCGCUAGUGCAAACGUUGCGCGCGUUGCGCCAAUUUUACUGCAGAUACGGUGGCCCUUCAAAGUUGACUCUCCAACGUUUGGUGGCCAAAUUCGAGACGACCGGUUCGGUAAACAAUCAGCCAACACCCGUACGUCAAAGGAACGCCAGAUCGGCCAACAUUCCCGCGGUCCGUGAAAGUGUGCAGAAGAACUCGAGGCAGUCAAUUCCUCGCCGUGCACAAGAACUCGGCCUUUCGAAGACUUCAACUUGGCGAAUUUUGCGUCGGGACGUGGGCCUACACCCGUACAAGAUCCAACUGACCCAGGAGCUCAAAGUUAAUGAUCAUAAAGAACGCCGUUUGUUCGCUGACUGGGCUUCGGAGCGUUUGGAAGAGGACCCCAAUUUUGGCCGAAAAAUCAUCUUUAGCGACGAGGCGCAUUUUUGGAUGAAUGGCUAUGUUAACAAGCACAAUUGCCGUAUAUGGGACGACGCCAACCUACACGAGGUUCACCAGGUGGUAAUGCAUCCACAAAAAGUUACUGUUUGGUGCGGAUUUUGGGCCGGCGGCGUCAUUGGUCCGUACUUUUUUGAAAACGAUGUUGGUGAGGCCAUCACCGUGAACGGCGAGCGCUACAGAACGAUGAUAACCGCUUUCUUUUGGCCAAAAUUGAACGAUAUGGAGGUAGACAUGUGGUUCCAGCAGGACGGCGCUACAUGCCACACAGCGGACGCCACGAUGGACAUUCUGCAUGAAGGAUUUGAGGGUAUGGUUAUCUCUCGCAGAGGUGACGUGAAUUGGCCACCAAGAUCAUGCGAGUUGACCCCGCUAAACUAUUUCUUGUGGGGUUUCCUGAAGUCGCAGGUUUAUGCCAAUAAGCUGCAAUUGACCGAUGCCCUUAAAGUCAACACAACCAAUGCCAUCGCUCAAAUUCAGCUGGAUCUAUGCGGCAGAGUCAUUAAAAAUUGGAGCCCUCGGAUCCGUGCCACCGUGAGAAGCCGCGGCGGACAUUUGAACGAUGUCACAUUCCAUGCAUAAGGCAUACAUGGGCCUUUCAAAUAAAAAAAGAAUUUCGUUAAUACCUCACACACAGCUUGUUUUAUUCCAUUUCAACAUCGACCCGCCCUUAUUGAAAAACCCUGAUGUCGAUUCUUGUAAACGAUCAGACAAAUUGUUUAGAAAGCAGCAACAAAAAGAAUAUCACAUUGGCUUUUCACCGUUAUUACGAAUACAACCAUCAAUCGAUAUGAUUUAUACUUUCCCUUUGGAUUAUAUGCAUUUGUGCUGUUUGGGAAUCACUAAAAAGUUUUAAAUUAUGGGCUUACUAUUUAACAAGAGUGCUGUAAAAUUAACGUCGAAUCUUCAACGAAAAUUGUUGGAACGUAUAACGUAUUUAAAAUCAUAUGUGCAUGCAGAAUUCCAGCGGAAACCUCGGGUUCUUUUUCCAAAUAUGAAAGCGUCAGAACUUCGAUUUUUAGCUUUAUACGCAGGUCCUAUUAUCUUCAAACAAAUUUUAAGUUUUGAAAUGUAUAAUCUUUUUUUACUUUUUCAUGUGGCUUUUCGAAUCUUAUGCACAAAAAAUUUUGCACGAAAAUACAAUAAAAGUGCUCAAUCUUGUUUGAAAACAUUUUUUCUACAGUUACCAAAAUUUUAUGGUGAAAGAUCUCAGGUUUUAAAUGCACACUAUCUUUUACAUAUAGCUGGUGACGUUAAAAUAAAAACCAAGUAUAAGCUCCAACGACCGAAUAUAUUUUGUUACUCUAUCUUUUUU